UGACGUAGAGAACUGGAUGGGGCGGGGCUUGGAGUUCGUGCUUAGUCUCCAGUGGAUCGCCGACAGAGCCGGGUCUGUCCGCCUUUCAUUCAUCGCCGGAACUGUGCAGCUCGUGCAUCAGCCGCGGUACCGUCUCCCAUCCUGUCUCCUCCGACCAGCGACACCACCAAGGACACCACCGCCGGCCAUCGUCCGCGGCGGGGCUGCACGGGAAAAAUGACAUGGAGCCUGCUAUCGCGCAACAGAGUGCUAUGCUUAUGUGUUUGCGUCAGCACGGAGCCUACUGGCAUGAAGCACUGGAGCCAAGGAUCUACCCAGGAGACAUGAAUGAUUUUGGUGUCCAUGUUCUCAUCACUUGACCAACGGGAUAAUCUACUGAAGACAUGUUAUUUCAAGAUGAAGAUUGAUACCAGCCUGACUAUGCCCCAGCUUCCAGAGGCCCUGUCCCAGGCAGGCCUUCAGUUUGCUGUGGCCACUGAGGAGGACUUUGAUGAGAUCAUGGCUAUGAGCCAGGACAUCUAUGGAGGCCUUGACUACCUGCCCACUAGAUACACCAGCUGGCUGCAGGAGACCAACCGCACAGUUAUAUUGGCCCGCAAACAGGGGAAAGUGAUCGCUCUGGAGUCCGUGUGCGUGAUUGACGACGGAGAGACAAUGCUGGUGGAAGGCCUCCGUGUUGCCCCUCAGGAAAGAGGCAAGGGUGUCGCAGGCGUUCUGCUGCGCUUUUGCUGUGAGCUGGUCAAGUCCAAGUACCCAGAGGUCAAAGUAACCCGCUUGACCCGUGAUGAUCAGCUUGGACCCAAGGAUUUCCAGAAGUAUCGCAUCAUAACCAAGCAGGGUAUUCUGCUGGUGCGCUUCAGAGCUGAAGACCUCAAGCUUCGCCUGUCUGAACUUGGUCUGGGUGAAGACAUCCAAUCCUCUUUGUCCACCUCCCUCUCCGACCCUCCCCCGGUGCAUCUCGACCAUACAACUAUCCACCGGCUCUAUCUGACCACUGACCUGAUGCAGGGGGUCCUUCCCAAUGGCACCAUUAUUCAAGACUGGCAGCCAUUCAAGCUUUUGCCCAGUAACAUGGCUAUCCUACUGAAGAAGGACAUUGACUGGAUGGUGGAUGAUGUGUCCAACCCUACUGUGGCCAGCCUCUGUACCUUCCCUUUCAGGGUGCCCAUUGGAGAAGACUGGUAUUACCUAAACAUUGACAUGUUUGGUAAAGACCUGGACCUGGCUCGGCAACAGUUCCUGUGCCACCUGCAGCACCACACUGCCACACUGAAGGGUCACGUGAUGUGCCAGAUGUUCCUGGAUCCACCUCUCUGGAAGCCCAUGGCUGAGUUCUGCCACAACACCUUGAGCGUGGAGCUGGUGAAGGAGUAUACUGAGCAAUGCGUGGUGGAGUCAGACAUCGUCUAGUUUCAGAAGCGGGAUGGAAAGGAGCAGAGGAUGAAGGAGCUAUAAAGGAAUGAAGACAAGGGUCUAGACAACAAGGAAUGGACACUACUCAAUUACACUUAACAGAAAAACAUAACCCUCUGUAGUGAAGAGAUAGAAAAAAAACAAACAAAAUGUAGGUUCUAUAAAACAAAACAACUUCUCAGAAUGCAGUAAGUUAGAUUGAACAAUACAUGAACAAAUACAGUGUGUGGACAUAAAAUCAUGAGCACAUAUUAUCAGCUACAAUAGGUGUGAGAAAUACAACAUUUGUUAAGAUUCUAAUAUUUAAUUGGUGUCAGAGAUGUGUUGAUACAACACAAACAUAGUCAUUUUUAUGUAACAUUUUUAAGGCUGCAGUUUUGAAGUGCAGGCUAUCACCAAACCCAAAUAAAUGUGUUUUCAAAAAUAGACACCCGACUGUGAGGGCAGUUAGCACUGUCAAGAUGGUUUACAUUUGGUCAACGGUACAUAUUUGUGUUCACCAGAGUUGAGCUCUGCGUAAAAGCCACAGCAAGCAAAAAUAUAUGCUGUGAUACCUUCAUGCAACAACACUACAAACCAUAGCCAUAAAAGUGACUGUAGAAUGAAAUUAUCCCCUUAUAAAGUUAGUUUGAAAUGAAGUUUUAUGACAAUGAUAACUGGUGUUUUUGAUAUUAUGUCCACCUUCUGUAUGAUGUACGACACGUGAUGGUGUAAUAAGAGUGAUGUGCUUGGGGAAGCUUUCUCACACCGGUAGCAGUGAUGUAACCUAAAACCUAAAAACAGUCAACAUGCAAAUGCUAAAUGCUAAAAGUCCCCUAAGGUUAUCUCAAACCUUUCAUCUCUGCUUUUUCUGUAAAUAUGAACCUUCUAAAUAUGUACACAAACUGAGUUGGGUUACUAAAUCUGCACAACUCUGAAGGCACUUUAUUAAAACUACACAGACAGGUUGUGUCGACGUUAAAAUGAAAAGGAAUAGUUCAGGAUCAAAUAGGGUAAUUUUACAGAUCCCGUCACGCUGAUGUCGAUGGGUGCAUCAAUUCACUAGAAUUACCUUAGGAACAUUAACAACAAAUCUCUGCUGAAACAACAAACAAAGUCUGUUAGUGAAAUGAACAUGCUCAGUCACAAAUUGGCUGACAAUUUAUUCUUUGUUAUGGUCAGGCUUAGGUCUUUUGUUUUUUUUGUUUCAAAUAUUUGACUGUAUAUAUAUGUUACUAAUUUAAUAUUUUCACUUAAAUGCUGCAAUAAAAUUUUAACAGAAAUGAUUAACUUCUGAAGCUAUAAGUGAAAUCUAGGCUUACUUUUGUAGAUCGCUAGCAAAAUGCCAAACAAAAUGCGAAAAGCUUGAAAAUGUGAAAGAGACUACUGGGCAGUUUCCUACUUGCCUCAGCUAAUGGAGGGAGAGGAGAAGAAUGAAAAUAACUGUGUUAGAAUUAACAGAAAUAAAUGUUUUAACCAUCACUAAUAUUAGCUGGCAAAACCUUUUGAAAAAAUAAUAUUCCCUGUGACCGUGCAAGACCAGUGCUCAGAGAAAGUUCAGCAAACUCAUCUCCAGUUUAGCCAUGAACACAAUACUUUGGAUUAUACCAUAGCCAAGGUCAGUGCUAAUUCCUGCAUGACUGGCACAUUUCAAACAGAGUUCCAGUCAGCAGCUUAUUUAGUGACGUGUUGGUUCUCCAUGAGCCUCCAGAACAGCUUCAUUACUCAGUAUCAUCUGAAAGUGGAAACCAUAGCAACAGUUACUAGUUCACUCACUUGUGAAAAUAACCAUAUAUCUGAUGACAAUUUACACUGGGGCUCAAUUGUUUUGCAUUGCAGUAUGAAUGGCAAUGUCGAGUGGUAUGUUGGUCCAUCACUUUUGUCCGCACUGAAAUAUCUUGACAACUUUUUGAUGGAUUGUCAUGAAAUUUGGUACAGACAUGUGUAGUCCACCAGAUGCACCAACAGGGCUUUACUAUGAAUCCUAAUGAUUCUGGUAAUUCCCUGACUUUUCAUAGUGCCACCAGUUGGUUAAAGUUUUUAUUUAUCCAGUGAAAUAUCCCUAAUAACCCGAACAUCUUUGAUACUUCCCAAAUUUUAGUACACACAUUCAUGUUCCCUCCAGUUGGUGAUCCUCUGACUGACAUAAACUUUGGUUUAUGAUCAAAUACCUGCAAAACUAAUGACCAAACAUCAAAGCAAAUUCCUUGUAUAUGAAAACCCACCUAGCAGUAAACCCAAUUCUCAUAUUCUCAUCAGCCUCAGUUACGAUUUUUGUUGUUUAAUGCUAAUACUCUAAGCUAAACUAAGAUGGUAAACAUUAUACCUGCUAAAUAUCAUCACGUUAACAGUCACUUUGAGCAUGUUAGCAUGUUGAUAUUAGCAUUUAGCCCAAAGCAUCGGUGUACCUAAGUACUGCCUUAAAGUCUACACUUGUUCCUUUGGUAAGUGGCCGUGGUGUAAGCACAAUACCAGACACUGAUGUGUUGCCCAUAGAGAAAUAAUUAACUUGGUGGAGGAAAUAACACUACUUCACAUUCUUUGGCCUGCACCUACAUGUGGUACAUUUUUUCUUGGAGAUUUGCAUUACCACCUCUACUAGAGGCAUCAUAGCAGGCCCAAAAUGUUUUUAAUGUCUAUAGUGAUUAACUAGGCAUGACAUCAUGAGAGUUUCCAUAGCACCGCAUCUUUACACUCUAAAUCUCCCUUUAAAUACCCAUAGAGAGGGUGUGACAAAGGACCAUUUGUCUGAGCCAGACAGGAAUAUCUUUUAGGAAAAACAUCUCAGUUUGUAUAGAACUAUUGUACCUCCCUGUUGCCUUGACCAGCUUUUAUCUUGACUUUGACCACCUUCUUCUUCUGGUAUGCAAUUUUCUAGGUGUGAGGAUGACUGGGCCUAUUUUCUGAAGAAAGAUAAAUGAUGAGGAAGUAUUUAUUUCCUGAUGGAAAAGGAUUAAACACACUGAAACUUUUAAAUAUUAAUAUUUUAGGAAAGACCAAUUCAGUGGUCACAAUCCUCAACAUAUUGCAGGGAGCAUAACAAAAUAGGAGGACUAUCUUUUUACCCUAUUGUUUGUAACCAAAGAAAGUCACCACUCAUCUAAACUGAUGCCCUAUUAUUUGCUGCCAGGAGUGAAGUAAAGCUGUGGAAGGUUGAAAGGCCAUGGUAGUAAUUAUUUUUUACCAUUUGUUUGCUCGUGAUCACAGAACAUUUUUGUGAUCUAUUUUUAAAAAUAUUUAUAAAAGUGGUUUUAUAACUUGGGCCCACCUUAUCACGUCAGUUGAUAUAGUGCUUUCGCAGCUCAUAUUCCGGUAUUCCCAGAAAAGUGGCAAAGUUGUCAUCACACAGCAAAUCUGUGGCUUUUAGGGGCCCAUCAGAGUCCGGGGCCCUGGGCAGCUGACUGCUUUGCCUGUUUGGUAAUCCAGCAUUAAGUCUACCACAGCUGCAGAAAAAUUCUGUGUAUUAUAAUAUGUGAAAAUGUUUCAUAGUGUGCCCUUGGUAGUGAAUAAGUAGAGUAGCUUCAUUAAGCAUUCGCUAAUAUAAUAUUCCUAAUGGUGUUACUAGUGGCAGAAAUAGUUUUCCUGUGGUAGGAAACAGCUGGUUUACUGUAUAGUGUGACCUUGUGUUAGCUUGUCAUAGAUCAUUCCCUUCUACUUGUCUUCAGCCACAUCCUCCAGCUAGUCCUGGGGGAUCCCAACACAUCCCCCGGUCUGAUGGGAUAUGUAUUCCCUUCAGCGUGUUCUUUGUCUGCCCUGAAGUCCCCCCCCCCCCCACUUGGACAAACUCUGUCCGAGAUGCCUGAACCAUCUCAACUGGCUCCUUUUGAUGUGUAUGAGCAAUGGUUCUACUGUGUCUGAGUGCCUCACCCUGUCUUUCAGAGUGUGAUCAGACAUCCUGGGGUUAUUUAGGUUGCUUGUAUCUGUGAUCUCAUUCUGUCUUCAAUACAGAUCAUUUAGAAAGUAGAUCAGCUGGACCAUGACAGUCCAGUCCAGUGUCCACAUUACAGAAUGAUGCAGCAGUCAUUUUCUGUCAAUCUAACUUUCCAUCUUAUCCUCACUUUUUAAAAAGACCUCAAGAUAAUUAUUGGCAGCUAAUCACUCGCAACUCAGAGCUAGCUAUCCUCCAUUUUCCAGAAGAAUACCACGAUUCAGGCUUGGAGGCGCUAAUCAUACUUGAAUUACCACCAGUUUCGUCUAAUGAUUUUGUGAUCACGAAAAAACAAAGCUUGUUAAUUUCAAGACCGUGUGAUCAUUUUCUUGUGAUUUCAAGAAAACAACAAAAAAACAGCAACAACAAUCACCAACAAGCAUCUUAACCCAUGUGCUGUACUGCCUUCUUUAUGAAGAUGUCUAGGAAGAUAAAUCUUUUAAAAGCCUUUAUUCAAUGAUGAAGAAAUGUACUUAUGCAGCCUCUCCCCACCUCCAAACACACACACACACACCACCAGUUAGUAUAGUAAACUCUAACCAACUGAAUAAUCUUUGAAACAUACUCUGUAGCUGGAUAUAUUCCUCACAAUCAAAUACACCCUCUGUUAAGUUUCACAUAAACCUCACCUUAACUAUAGAACAGUAUGUAGGUGUAUCUUUCAACAGAUUAUGUUAAAUAUACUUAUUAACUUAUUUUUUGUUGUUUAGUCAUAAUAAUAUGUAAUAACUGUAAAUACUGUACGUUGUGCUGGAAAGCCACUUGAGCUUGUGUGAUGUCAGAAUGACGACUUGGCCUAAAAGCUUAUGAUCAUAAUUCCUCAUUUUGAGGAAACAAAUUGUUGCCAGUCGUGAGUUUUUCUCUGAGAACUUGUCAACUCAUCACUGAUCACCUCGUUUUAUAAAAUAAAUUUAAAUUCUAUUUUCAGUGUUCACUCAAUACGCCCUGCUGCCACUUCCCUUUCAGCAUAAUUUCUAAAUACUCUGCGUCCCGGAGCCCUGAUGUUAUUAGCUUCACAGCAGGCAAAAGAAAAAAGAGAUCUGUUGUUUGUCUACUAAUCUGGUGGGAAGGGGGAAGAGCAUUUUUUCAAGGAUUUCUUUCAAUGCGUACAUGUACAAAUCAUCAAUCACCAACAAAUCAAGAAUCCAUUGUAAAAUGUGUUGAUGCUUUCAUUCAUUUGAAGGCCUCAGUAUGCUUCAAAUGAAGUAGGUUGUAAAACAUUUUGUCUGACAGUGUGAAAAGUGUUUAAUACUUGUUACAAAUGACCACACUUGAAGGCGGGCAAAAAGCCUGCCAUCACAGAAUCCCCUUGAAAUCAUCCCACUGCCACGCCCAUCUUUUUCAAGAGUUCUGUGCUUUGUGUGUCUUUGUAGUCUGGAUGUGAUGAAUUGUACAAUUGGAGAUAAUAUUUUAUUUCACCAACAAUCUCAGCAUCAGAAAAAAAAGUUCCAGAUAAAAAAGUUUGUUUAUUUUUGUUUAUAGCAUACUGAGGCCUUAUUUUUUAACAACAAGCUUCUUUUUACCCCUGAAAUUGCGGGGGUCAUGGCAGCCUUGAUGAACUGGCUUGGUCAAUUUUAAUCAUUUUGGGCUUGAGUUUUGUAAAGAACACAUUUUUGGUUGCUCUGAACUACAUGCAAAGCAAAGCAUCAUUGGAUGCCUUAUUAUUCUUGUAUCAACUGAAUUUUAAUGUUCUCAAUUGUUUGGCUACUGUUUGUGCCAUUAGCCUAAACGUUUGCCCUCUAACCCAAGACAAGUUCAUUUUAAACAAUUCAUUCCUAUUUUGAUUUUUGUCCAAGAACUUAACUUUUCUUAACUAUAUAAAGUUUAGUAAUCAUCACAUGUGAAAGACAAUAUUUUAUUAUUGCUUAUCAAGAGCAUUUUGACAUUCCAAAAAUUGUAAUUGAUGGUCAAAUUAUUCUGGCAGAAGCUGUAGGUUUCUUUUCUGUGUUUCAUUGUGCUGUUAAUGAACCAACUGUUCAUUCCAUAUACAAGUCCUCAAUGUACAGUACUGUGCAAAAGUUGGUGGGUGUGGAAAAACAAAGUACAAAAUGAGUGAACAGAAGAAAAAUCUAAAUCAAAUCAAUAUUUGGUGUGAGCACCCUUUGCCUUCAAACAGCAUCAGUUCUUCUUGGUGCACUUGUACGUAGUUUUUGAAGGAAAUCUGCAGGUAGGUCGGCCCAAACAUCUUGGAGAACUCCCCACAGUCCUUGUGUGGAUUUAGGCAGCCUCAGCUGCUUCUCUCUCUUCAUGUAAUCCCAGACAGACUGGAUGAUGUUGAGAUCAGGGCUCUGUGGGGGCCACACCAUCACUUCCAGGACUCCUGGUUCUUCUUUAAGCUGAAGAUCGUUCUUAAUGACUUUUGUUUGGGCUCGUUGUCAUGCUGCAGAAUAAAUUUGGGCCAAUUCAGAUGCCUCCCUGAUGGUACAGCAUGAUGACUAAAUAUCUGGCUGUACUUCUCAGCAUUGAGGAGACCUUUCAUUCUGACCUAAUCCCCAACUCCAUCUGCAGAAAUUAAGCCCCAAACUAGCAAGGAACCUACAUCAAGCUUCACUGCUACCUGCAGACACUCAUGCUUGUACUGCUCCCUCUGUGCAUAGUGGAGUUGUGUGGCCUUGUUUCCAUGUCGAAAGCUUUUUGGUAGUCUUCCAUAGAGGCCACUUCUGACCAGACUUCUCCAGACAGUAGAUGGGUGUACCAGGGUCCCACCGUUUUCUGCAACUCUGAGCUGACAUCUUCAGAUUGUGAAAAGAAGUAAGCAUGAUGUGUCUUACAUCUGCUGCAGUAAGUUUCUUUGGCUGACCACUGCAUCUACAAUCCUCAGUGUUCCUUGUUUCUUUGUACUUCUUCAUAAGAGCUUGGACAGCACAUCUGGAAACCCCUGUCUGCCUUGAAAUGUCUGCCUGGGAGAGAGCUAGUUGAUGCAGUGUAACUACCUUGUGUCUUGUUGCUGUGCUCAGUCUUGCCAUAGUAAACUGUCUUCAGCAUCCUCACCUUGUUAGCUGAGUUUGGCUGUUCCUCACCCAGCUGGAUUCCUCCUUCACAGCGGUUUCUGUUUCACUUCACAUAUUGAAUUGGUGAUCAUUAGCACCUGUUUGGUGUAACUCAUACACAUGACGAUAUGCCUACAAAAUCCCUGACUUUGUGCAAGUGUACCAAGAAGAACUGAUGCUGUUUGAAGGCAGUGAGUGGUCAAACCAAAUAUUGAUUUGAUUUAGAUUUUUCUUUUGUCCACUCACUGUGCAUUUUGUUAAUUGAUAAAUAUAAAAUAAUCUAUCAACAUGUCUAUUUUUGAAAGCAUUCUUACUUUACAGAUUUUUUUCCACACAUAAAACUUUUGUACAUUACUGUACAUGCUUUCAAACACCAGUGCCAAAGCUGACGAGACUCUUAGGUCUAAAACUUCAAAAACAGUUUCUGCCACUGAGUUCUGCAGAUUGAGAUCAAUCCAACAAAUGUGGUUUGAUCAUUUGAAACCUUCUACAUAGUGUAUAAAAAGCGAUCAUUUUAUCCAAAGCUUAUCAGUUUCUUCCAGUAUUGCAGUGACUGUAUUAUUUGUACUCUGCCUGAUGCACUUCUGCUUAGCUACCAGAUUUGAACUUGACCUGUAUUUUUUGAGCUUGGGAUUGGACUUGGGAUAACUGCAACGUGGUUUUAUGUGACUGUCAAACACAUAGCGAACAGAGUUCUUGGAUUAACGUUUUUCAUUGCCACUUUCAUAUAAGGUAUGCUUGUUAAUAAAUCACUUAUUAGUAUUGAUCAGUAAAAAAAAGCAGUUCAAAAGGACUUUUUUUGUUUUGUUUUUUGUCCUAAGAGACUUCUUUGAUUAACCCUUUUAAAAACCAUUUUUUAAAAAGUAAUUCUUUGUAAAGGGUUUAUACAUUGUAACUAAUUGCUUUAUUAAUGUUAAUAAAUAAUUUAUUUAUAGCUAAUAGGUCAGUAAAAUUGACAACAUUUUGGGUUGAAGAUUAAGAAAAAACAAUUUGAUGUGCACUAUGUCAUCUUCCAGCAAAAAUAUAUUUUCUAUUUUGAAAUAGCUCUUAGCACAAUGACCACCUUCUGGAAAGGGACUGCAAAUUUUAAUGGUUUAUUAGAAAGUGAGGGCUGGAACACACUUCUCAGAGCUGCCUCAAAGAAAAUGUGCUUGGUUGUUGUUUAUUUGGUAACAGAUUUUGGGUACUUCACCGUGUCUUAGGUGGUUUCGAAGGUGGUGACGCUCCUCUCUGCUUAGAUCUGCAGAGAUGUUAAAAUGUUAAAAUAUGUCUUUGUAGAACUUUGUAGAAUUCCAGCUUCAGGGUCAUGAUUUUCUCUUCUCCAAUGGAGGGAGAAAGGUCAACAAGUCCUCCAGACUAAUUAUCAAAUUACAUAAUUUCUCUUUGUUCGUUAAAACAACCCUUAGUAGUGUUUCUGGUCUUGCACCCAUUCCGGCAGGAUGACAUAAUUUGUCAGUGCCUUCUGAAACUGUCAGAAAUCACUUUUAAAAUCACUGGUAAAAUAAUUCAUAUGAUGUUUCCUGAUCUGCCGCCUCUGUGGUGAAUGUUUGUUUAUGUUCAGGGACAAAAUGACUUUGUUAGUGUGGAAAUACUGUGAUUUAGGUCAAAAGCACCCAAUUUCUCAAGGUUAGGGAACCUAUGUCAAGAGAAUUUUGGUUUAAACAAAGCAACAGUGACUCCUAGGAAAUGGGAAACAAACUGCAAUCACUUGUGUCAAAGUCAGACGCUUGACCUGCACCCUUCAAACCUAUCCAAUGACAACAUUAUAGUAACAGCUGCCUUUGCUCUCAAAGGUAUUUGAACAAACAACUCUAUUGUUUUUAAUGGAAGGACAGUCUCACUAUUAAAGAGGACACUUAUACCUGGAGGAGGAUAUUCACCAGGCUAAGGGAUUUUCCCACAACCUGAGAAUUCAAAAGUCUUUCGUAUAAAUGCUUUAUUGCAUUAGUAACACAUUAUAAAACGUGGCCCCACUGUCAAAUAAAGUACAAUUUACAAAAGGGUUAUGAUACCAUACAGCUGGCACUGGCAAGCAUCACCAUCAUGUACAAGUCAGGGAUACUAACACAGGAUGUAUUUGAUGAAGAGGAAAAUACAAAUGAAAGGAUAGAUAAAAAAGGUUCAUAAACUUUAAACAUUAGAUAUAGAGCCCAGUAGCUCCCUCAAAUCCCAUUAAUCAGGGAGAGCAGCUUCAACAACAAAGUUUCAGAGGUUCCAGAGGGCCGGAUGCCUACGCUUACUGCAGACUUCUAUAUACAGAAAAUAUAGCGCACAAAUAUACAAUAUGUUCAGUAGAUACUCUGGAUUUUAUGCAUAGUAGUUCUUCACUGGAUGUGGAUGCAUUGUGUGAUUGAGGGUAGCUCAAAGAAGUGCCAAAUUUAAUGCUAAACUUCUAUAUUUGUCAAUUAACUCAUGGAAUUGUACUAGUUUUAGUUGAAAACAUAUAUAUGAGUAUAUGUUUGCCCUUUUAAAAGUCAAGGUGAUAUCAUCAGUGGCUGAAUGUGACACUGAAAUGAUUUAUUGAAAGAUUUUUUUGGUUACUUAUAGCACUUUGUUUAAAAAAUGUGAUGAUUGUAUACUUUGUAUACAAGUGAAUAAAAUGCUAACACAUUGUGCUGCAAACCCUAUAGGUAUUAUAGGGUUAAGUGUUAUAUUAAUGUAUGUUUUAUGAAUUACUGUACAAGCCAUUGAGUUAGUGGGUAAAGCAGCAUGCACUUUAGUUGUCUUUGGCAAUAAUAGAUAAGCUCCCAUCUCCUGUAAAGUAGCAUCGACUUCAGUGAAAAACAAAUGUUGUUGUCGCACAUCUUGAUGUUCAGAAACAAUCAUACAGUGUCAUGUGAGAUAAGCCUUUCUCUGUCAGUUUUACAAUGUUUCUUCAAAGCUGAACCAUUUCAUAAAUGACAUGUAGAGCAGUAUGUACAUCAGUAUACAGUGGCAAUGAAAAUAAGACUAUAUUUUAUUCUGAGAAAACAGCUGUAAGAUUAACACAAUAAGAGAUGAAAUGGCUGUGUUUUGAAGGAGUAAUGCAGUUUUGGGUUAGUUAGAGAUAAAAAGGAACUAAGUACAUUUAGUAUACUAGCUUUUACGUACUUUAUGUGAGUAAUUCCAUUUUGUGAGACCUUAUACUUUUACAUUUCAGAGAGAAAUAUCCUUUUUACUCCACUACAUUAACCUGAGAGCUGUAGUAACUAGACUAACGUUGUUACAUGCAAAUAUAAAUACGAUGCACUGCUAGAAUUUAAACUAGCCAGUGUGAUGAUAGAAAUGUGUAGGUUUCAAAGAUAAUUUUAUUUUCAUAUGCACUCAGUGAUGCAAAUCUUUAACUCUGUACAUUAAAUCUUUCUCUGUGCUUGA